AUGGGGCAGCUAGUCUAUUCUGCUAAUCGCUGUGCCACCAGACUAGAGGCCUCCAUUCAGGACAUGAUUCAGACAACCCUCACCAAUGUUUUAACAUCCUUGAGUUCUACCAUUGAUGCCCUUGUGUCUAGGGUAGUGGUUUGUGAGUGCAGCCAAGAGGCCACCGAGGAGGUUAUGGCUCUAACGGCCGCUAUUGCAGCGCUGAGGAGAGAUAUGGACCAGCUGAAGUCCAUCGAUAUGUCUAUGAUUUUCAUGACGGUGGAGAUCCUUGAUGUGCCAGUUGAGCCAUAUAUGUCUCUGCCUACCAUCAGAGAUGAUGUUCGAGUUGAGGAGGCAACUGAUCUCGAGUCUGAGGCGGAGACAAAUGAGGAAAUUCUUAGGGUUUUUGAGGAGGUUUCAUAUGAGGGCCUUACAUAG